UUUAUUCAAUUGAGAAGAUAUUCAUUGCUUUCAAACGACAAACAAAACACAUAUUUCAUAACAACUCCAAUAUUUUACGUCAAUUCAGUUCCACACAUCGGACACUUGUAUUCCGCUAUAAUUGCCGACACUUUUCAUCGAUUUCACCGAAUUUGUGGCAAAACUAAUACAACAUUCUCGACCGGAACCGAUGAAUACGGGAUCAAAAUUCAAAGAGCGGCUCAAUUGAGAGGAAUUGAGACCAAAUUAUUUUGCGAUCAAAUAUCACAACAAUUUAGAAGUCUUUUCGAGUCCUCAGACAUUGGUUUCACUCAUUUCAUCAGAACUACCGAUGAUUUGCACCGAAAUUCUGUUCAAACCUUUUGGACAACUCUUGUCAACAAUGGGUUUAUAUAUAAGUCCUCUUACGAGGGCUGGUAUUGUGUGUCCGACGAGACGUUUGUCACCGAAACGCAAACGUUUAUCAAUGAAAACAAUAUUAGGGUUUCGACAGAGUCUGGAAAUGCUGUCGAAUGGUCUUCAGAAGAGAAUUAUAUCUUCAAAUUGAGUCAAUUUAAGGAUAAAAUUGUUGAUUGGAUUAACAGCGGAGACACUGUUCAGCCCUCAGUAUUCGCUCAUAUCUUAAGACAUGAGGUCGAGAAAGGAUUGCGAGACAUAUCUGUAUCCAGACCUAAAGGACGCGUCAAUUGGGGUAUAGAAGUGCCCAACGAUUCGGAACAAGUCAUAUACGUCUGGUUCGACGCACUCAUCAAUUAUUUGACUGUUUCCGGAUAUCCCGGCGAUAAGAAUCACAUUUGGCCACCAGAUUGUCAGGUGAUUGGCAAAGAUAUCCUUAAAUUUCACGGUAUAUAUUGGCCGGCAUUCUUGAUGGCCGCCGGUCUCGAACCGCCGCACUCUCUCUUAUGUCACUCCCAUUGGCUCAGAGAUGACAUCAAAAUGAGUAAAAGUAAAGGCAAUGUUGUCGACCCUUUCCAGUGUAUUAAAGACUAUACCAGCGAUGGGUUCCGGUAUUUUCUACUACGACAGGGAUCUCUUCACACCGAUUCGAAUUUUACUGAACUUAAUGUAAAGAAAUAUUUAAACGCAGAAUUGGCCGACAAUUUUGGAAAUUUGUUGAGUCGAUGCACAGCUAAAGCCAUUAAUAAGAGUCAAAUGUUUCCCAAUUUAUCUUUAAAUGAUCUUUUGAUUGUUGAAAAUGAAUCCUCAAAACUCAUUGAAAUGAUACAAAAUUUAGCUCAAAAUUGCGAAAAUCACUAUUUGAACGGAAAUUUUCAUUUAGUUAUCAAUGAUAUCAUGGAUUGUUUGCGAAUGAAUAACAUAUUUUUUAACGAAACCAAACCCUGGCUUUUGGCCAAACAGGACAAUGAAUUUUUGCGAUUGCAAUCAGUUCUUUGCAUCACUUUAGAAGCCCUCAGAGUCGAAUCAAUUGUGCGGAACGCAAUUGGGUUAAUGCCGAAGAGACCUUCCGCUCAGAUAGUGGUUCUGAUCAGAAGACAACCGCUUCUC